AUGGGGGACUUCGUGGGGCACGCGCUGCCGGGCUCGCUGCUGCUGCUAGUGGGCCUGUGGCGGGUGUGGGCGUCCAUCGCGCGCUUCGCCACCGACCCAACAGCGUUCCGCGUCCGCGUCUGCAGCUCCUCAGCGGGGCCGCGGCUCCUGGAACUGUACGUGGUGACGGGAGGAGCCUUCCUGGACAUGUGCAUGGAGCUCUUCUACUCCAACCCGCUCCGCGUCCUCACCGGCCGCGGGUUCGACCCGACGCACCUCAACGGCCUCGAGCACGCCAGCAUGCUCCUCAUGUUCUUCCUCUUCGGCGCGCUGGCCCUCCUCUCCCACAAGACGAGGUACCUGCCGCUGUCGGACGCCGCGCUGAGCCUGGUGUUUGCAUGCGCUUUCACGUCCGAGUUCCUCCUCUUCUACUUCCACUCCACCACCCAAGUCGGCUUGGAGGCCUACUACCACCGCCUCCUACUCCUCAUCGGCCUCUGCAUCGCCGCCAUCGUCCUCGGCGCGCUCCUGCCAGCCAGCUUCCCGGCCGACCUAGGCACCGGCGUCCUCAUCACGGUGCAGGGCCUGUGGUUCUUCCAGACUGGGUUCACGCUGUAUGGUCCUACGCUCCCCGCUGGUUGCGCCCACAGCUUCGACGCCCCUGGAGCCGACGCCCACGUCGAGUGCCGCGACGGUCCCGCGCAGGAGCGCGCCGAGCACCUGGCAAUCUUCCAGCUAUUCGGGCUCGUGUUCCUCGCGUUCGUGUACGUGCUCGGGUGCUACGCCGUUGCCGCGGCGAGGUUCGGGCACCAGGACCUGACGACGACGAAAGACAUGCACAUCGACGUCGGGGGGAUUGACGGGGAAAGUAAGUACUACAUGCCUGAAAUGAACGGGCUGUUCAAGAGAAUCUCAGCAUCUGAACGAUAUUUGGUAUAG